CCUACAUCCAUAUGAACACGAUAUCACUGGGAAUGGAGACACUUUUAGCUCUUGCGGUGGUAGGGUCUUGGAAAUACUUGGCAGCAUCCUGGAUAAGACGAAAAAUCGAGCAGCAGUUCCAGUAUUUUGGCACCGUGUCCUGUUUAAAUCUGUACCCAGUAAAAGGAUGCCACGCUACACGCGUGAAAUCAGCGAAAUGUGGGCCACGAGGGUUGGAAGUCAACGGGGUAAUGGACAGGUGUAUUAUGGUAGUAGAUAAACAGACGGGUCUUGGUCAGUAUAUGAGACAUUUUCCAAAGAUGACCUACAUAAACAUUACAGUGGAAGGAGAAGCAAUUGUUUUGGAUGCCCCAGGAAUGGAAACACUGAUUCUCCCGCACAGUCCAGACAGAAACUGUACAAAGUUCCUCUGCGAGAUACACGCCUGUAAGCUUUUGGUUCGAGACUUUGGUGACAAAGCUAGCAAAUGGAUCGGUAAAUACCUCGGGAACGAUAAUCUGAGACUUGUAUAUUUCCUGGAAAAUAACAACAGAUUAACCAUAGAGACGGAGAACAAUCGUCGACAGGGAAACAUCAAAAUUUCACAGGAGGAUAAAAUUUCGUUUUCCUGUAUCUCGUCAUAUUUACUGGGGAACGAGAGAACCUUAGAAGAAAUUUCCAGACGGACCACGGAGCCGGUCAAGAUGGACAACUUCAGACCUAAUAUUGUUAUUGACGGUCUGUCGCCCUUUGAGGAGGACACGUGGUCUCAGAUACGCAUCGGAGAGGACACUAUAUUUCGCUGUCAGGAACCUUGUAAAAGAUGCAUGGUAACAACUAUAGACCCAGUCACAGCAGAAAGAAGCCAGAGAAACGAACCACUGAAAACUCUAAAAACAUAUAAAGAGGAAGUGGGCGGGGUUCCGACCAGUUUCGGUGUAUAUGCAGCCGUGGAGUCUGGAGGGGAGAUUCAAGUGGGGGAUCAAGUUUACGUCCUUAAGUGAUAUUGGAAACAUUAAAAAAUACAUCUCAGGGCGUUAAUGUUUUUCUUUGUCCAAUAUCACAGAUGGUUUUCUA